GCUGCGCCGCCCGGGUUUGUUGACGGGCACUCGCGCCGAGCAAUCGGGGGCCGCUUUCGGCUUGGCGCGAGCGGCCUGUGCUCCCCGCUCAGCUGCCCUGGCAGCGGCUGUGCCCCGCUGGCCCCUCUCCUCCCUCAGUUCCUGCCACGCUUCUCUCUGCACGCCGUCCCUUUCCCUGCCCGGGCCGUCCGUCCCCAUCCCGCCUCGCCCCACGGUCUCCGUCGCCGUUCCGUUGCCCCCCGGCCCACAGGAGCCUGUCCCCGUGCCCGUCACGGCGCCGAUGGCGGGCGUGAUCCGGCGCCUGGAUGAAACCGUGGUGAAUCGCAUCGCGGCCGGCGAGGUCAUCCAGAGGCCGGCCAACGCCAUCAAGGAGAUGAUAGAGAACUGUUUGGAUGCUAAAUCUACGAGUAUCCAAGUAGUAGUUAAAGAAGGUGGUCUGAAGCUCAUCCAGGUCCAAGAUAAUGGCUGUGGCAUCAGAAAAGAAGAUCUGGACAUUGUAUGUGAGAGAUUUACUACGAGUAAACUGCAAAAAUUUGAAGACUUGGCUAGCAUUUCCACCUAUGGUUUUAGGGGUGAGGCAUUGGCCAGCAUCAGCCACGUUGCUCACGUUACAGUAACAACCAAAACAGCUGAUGCAAAGUGUGCAUUCAGAGCUGCUUACAGUGAUGGAAAAAUUAAAGCCCCUCCAAAACCCUGCGCUGGAAACCAAGGAACUCAGAUCACAGUUGAAGAUCUUUUUUACAAUGUAAAUACAAGGAGGAAAGCUUUAAAAAAUCCAAAUGAAGAAUAUGCAAAAAUACUGGAAGUUGUUGGCAGGUAUGCCAUCCAUAACUCGGGGGUCAGCUUUUCAGUUAAAAAGCAAGGGGAAACCGUAUCGGACGUUAGAACCUUAUCAAACGCCUCAACAGUGGACAACAUUAGGUCCAUCUUUGGCAAUGCUGUUAGCAGGGAACUGAUAGAAGUGAGCUGUGAAGAUGCAAGUCUGGCCUUUAAAAUGAAAGGCUACAUCACAAAUGCAAACUACUCUGUGAAGAAAUGUGUAUUUUUACUCUUCAUAAACCAUCGACUGGUGGAGUCGGCCGCUUUGCGGAAAGCCAUAGAAACUGUGUAUGCUGCUUACCUGCCCAAAAGCACCCAUCCAUUCCUAUACUUAAGCCUGGAAAUAGCCCCCCAGAACGUAGACGUGAACGUGCACCCUACAAAACACGAGGUCCAUUUCCUUCAUGAAGACUGUAUUCUAGAGAGAGUACAACAACAUGUAGAAAGCAAGUUACUGGGCUCCAAUUCUUCAAGGAUGUACUUCACUCAGACGCUGCUUCCAGGGGCUGACUGUUCUGCCGAGGUGGUAAAACCAGCAACAAACUCCUCUGUGGGUGCCAAAGGAACGAGUGACAAAGUUUAUGCCCAUGAGCUGGUCCGUACAGACUCCAGGGAGCAGAAGCUGGAUGCUUUCCUGCAGCCACUGAACAACCCCCUCAGCACAGCCCCCAGCGCGGCGGCGGCAGAGGCCAGUGCUGGACCCCCGGAGGGCACGGCCCGGCCACAGGAUGCCGAAAUGGAAGAUGUCAGUGAUCUGGUUGAGAAAGCUGAUGAUGUUCAGGAGGACAUGGGAGUGCCUGGGGGGCCGAGAGAGAGUGGACCCUUGUCUCCUGAGACAGAGCCUCCUUGCAAGAGACCACGGGAAGACACGGAUGUAGACAUGGAGAAAGAUCCCACCAGGAAGGACAUGACUGCUGCCUGCACCCCAAAGAGAAGAAUCAUCAACUUGACCAGCGUACUGAGUCUCCAGGAGGAAAUCAGUAACCAAGCACAUGCCCAUCUUCAGGAGAUGCUGCGUGACCACUCGUUUGUUGGCUGUGUCAGUCCUCAGUGGGCUCUGGCCCAGUAUCAGACAAAACUAUAUCUUCUCAAUACAACAAAACUCAGCCAAGAACUCUUCUACCAGAUACUUAUUUAUGACUUUGCAAACUUUGGAGUCUUACGGUUGUCUGAGCCUGCUCCUUUAUAUGAGCUUUCGAUGCUUGCUUUAGAGGAUCCUGCAAGCGGCUGGACAGAAGAGGACGGCCCCAAGGAAGGGCUGGCCGAGUACAUUGUGGAGUUUCUGAAAAAGAAGACUGAAAUGUUGAAAGACUAUUUUUCCCUUGAAAUUGAUGAGGAAGGAAACCUUACUGGGCUACCACUUCUGAUAGACAACUACGUUCCGCCGCUGGAAGGACUGCCGAUGUUUAUCCUUCGCCUGGCCACAGAGGUAAACUGGGAUGAAGAAAAGGAGUGUUUUGAAAGCCUAAGUAAAGAAUUAGCUCUGUUCUACUCCAUAAGAAAGCAAUAUGUAAUAGAUGAGGCCAACCAGACCAACUCUCAGAAUGAAGAGUCUGACUCAGGUGGUUCAACAACAUGGAAAUGGACUGUGGAACAUGUACUUUACAAAGCUUUUAGGACUCAUCUUUUACCUCCUAAACACUUCACAGAAGAUGGCAACAUUUUGCAGCUUGCUAACCUGCCUGACCUGUACAAAGUUUUUGAGAGAUGCUGACCAAGUGGUUGUUAGAGACUGGUACAUAUCUAAAGCCCAUCCACGCUCCAUUCUCUUUGACUUGGUAGAGGAUAAAGCUGGAAUCUUGGAGGAAAGAAAAAGAGAGGACUUACUGUCAUACUGUCAUGGCAGCAAAUGUUCUAUUUUCCUUCUGUUGAUCAAAAAAUAAAGAGAACUGUUUUAGCUGUGCCUAAAU